AUGGCCGAAAACUCGCUCUUCAGGUUUAUCGCUAGAAACAAGGUGGCCAUCCUAGCAACGGUCUCUGCGGGGACCGCUGCUGUGGGUGCUUAUGUAUAUUACCAACAGCUCAAGCAGCAGCAGCAGCAGCAUCUGAAGGGUUCAAAGGACCACCGGCGCCAGAGUGAAGCAUCAACUAACCUUAAAGAAGACGAGGUGGGCUUGAAGAAUAAAAGCAGCAUUGCAAAUGAGAAUAAGAAGAAAAAGAACAAACGGAAAAGAAAGAAUAGAGCGAAAUCGGCGGAAGAUUUCCAGUGUACUUUCCUACCCAAUGGUGAACCUGAUAUCAGCCAGUUAAAAGGUCUGACGCUUUCUCAGAAACAGACAUAUGCCGUGCAAUUGAAGAACAAAGGUAACCACUUCUUCACCACGAAAAAUUUUACUGAGGCCAUUAAGUACUACCAGUGUGCCAUUGAGUUGGAUCCGAAUGACCCAGUGUUCUAUUCCAACAUAUCUGCGUGCUACAUUUCUACAGGCGACUUGAACAAAGUCUUGGAGUAUACUACAAAGGCACUUGAGAUAAAGCCCGAUCAUUCUAAAGCCCUGCUGAGACGCGCAUCAGCCAACGAGUCACUGGGCAAUUUUACUGAUGCCAUGUUUGAUCUCUCUGUUUUGUCAUUAAAUGGCGACUUUGAUGGCGCCUCCAUUGAGCCUAUGCUAGAAAGAAAUUUGAACAAACAAGCAAUGAAGGUAUUAAACGAAAAUUUAUCGAAGGGUGACGGCAGGGGUUCGCAACUUUUACCUUCGAAUACAUCUUUAACCUCUUUCUUUGGAAUUUUUGACCCUGAUUUGGAAAUUUCUAGGGUAAACAACAGUUCACACUUUGACACUGCAUAUGCUCUAUUGUCGGAUGCCUUGCAAAAACUAUAUUCAGCGACGAAUGAAGGUUAUUUAACAGCGGAUAAACUUUUUACCAGUGCCACUGACGCGUAUCAUUCUCUACUUGCCAGUCAGGUUGAUGGUCCUUUAAAAGAAAAUGCUGCUUUGGCUUUCUGCUAUACAGGUAUUUUUCAUUUUUUGAAGAAUAACUUGUUAGGUGCUCAAGCUCUUUUACAAGAGUCUAUUAACUUGCACCCAACACCAAAUUCAUACAUAUUUUUGGCAUUGACCUUGGCCGAUAAGGAAAACUCUCAAGAAUUUUUCAAGUAUUUCCAGAAGGCUAUCGAUCUGGAUUCUGAGUACCCACCCACUUACUACCACCGUGGUCAAAUGUAUUUCAUCUUACAAGAUUACGUUAAUGCCAAAGCAGAUUUUCAAAAGGCUCAAAAUUUAUAUCCGGAAAACAUUUAUCCCUAUAUUCAAUUAGCCUGUUUGUUGUACAAGCAAGGUAAAUUUACAGAAUCUGAGGCUCUUUUCAAUGAAACAAAGUUGAAGUUCCCCACUUUACCUGAAGUCCCUGCAUUUUUCGCUGAAAUCUUGACUGAUAAGGGUGAUUUCAGUACUGCUAUCAAACAGUAUGAUAUUGCUAAGAGGUUAGAAGAAGUACAAGAAAAAAUACACGUAGGUAUUGGACCGUUGAUUGGUAAGGCCACUAUCCUAGCAAGACAGUCUUCUCAAGAUCCGACUCAACUGGAUGAAGAGAAAUUUAAUACAGCCAUUGCGCUGUUGACUAAAGCUUGCGAAUUAGACCCAAGAUCCGAACAAGCCAAGAUUGGCUUAGCGCAAUUGAAACUUCAAAUGGAAAAAAUUGACGACGCCAUAGAGUUAUUUCAGGAUUCGGCAAUUCUAGCAAGAACUAUGGAUGAAAAACUGCAAGCUACCACAUUUGCGGAAGCUGCGAAGAUACAAAAGCGUUUGAGAGCAGAUCCAAUCAUUAGUGCAAAGAUGGAAAUGACACUAGCCAGUUAUAGGGCCAAAGGAAUGAUCUAG